AUGCACCUGGAACCCAGGCUGAAGGCCACGUACCUGGUCAUUGUCCACCUGGCCCACGUCGCGAUGUUCCUUACCAAAAUGGUCACUGUAUCAGCAUCAGCUCAGCAUCUGAGGCUCCUGCAGACGGACGUCGGAUGUAAGACGUUCGCUUAUGUGUACUGGUUGACCAGAGGCCUCUCCAUCUGCACCACAGGCCUCAGGACUAUGGUCCUGGCUGUGAUCAUCAGCCCCAGUUCUUCUCUCUGGACCCAAAUCAAAAGUCAGGUCCAAAAGAAUAUCCUCCCAAUCUUUAUCCUCCUGUGGCUCCUCAGCUCCAUCGUGAACAUCAACCUCCUGUUCAACACCGUUGCAUCUCUGAAUGUGACCAGCUGCGAAUGCAGAUUCAGUGAUGACUUCUGUUCCAUCAAGCCCGUCAGCAGCAUCCUAGGGCUGUUCCUCUUCCUCAUCGCACUCCACGAUGUUCGCUCCUUGGGAAUCAUGGGACGCUCUAGUGGCUACUUGGAAUCCCUGGAGAUGAGAGCAACCCAGACCGUCCUGUUCCUAGUCAGCUGCUUUGUGGCCUUAUACUGCACGGACUUCAUACCGUCACUGUUUCUGGAUAGUUCCCUCAGGAACAACAUCACCCUUCUGAAUGCGAAUAUGUCUCUGGUCAGCGGUUAUGCCACCGUCAGCUUCUUCUUGCUGCUAAGCAGUAGCUCCAAGCUUGCCAGGUUUUGGGAAGACAUUUGA